UCGGGCUCCGGGAUUUGUCUUCCGGGCCGUGGGGCGAGGCGGUGUCUCCGUCUUUCCACCGGUUUCUUCCCGGCGCUGGGCGCGCUUUGUCCCGUCCCAGCGCCGCGGGAGACGUGGGGCGAUGGUACAGAUGGAGACUCAGCUGCAGAGCAUUUUCGAGGAGGUGGUGAAAACGGAGAUUAUAGAAGAAGCGUUCCCUGGCAUGUUUAUGGACACACCUGAAGACGAGAAAACAAAAUUAAUUAGCUGUUUGAGCGCCUUCAAACAGUUUUGGAGUGGACUUUCUCAGGAGUCUCAUGAGCAGUGCAUCCAGUGGAUCGUUAAGUUUAUCCAUGGCCAGCAUAGUCCCAAACGGAUCUCGUUUCUUUAUGACUGCUUGGCAAUGGCUGUUGAGACCGGGCUGCUGCCACCCAGGAUGGUCUGUGAGUCCCUGAUAAACUCCGACACGCUCGAAUGGGAACGAACACAGCUGUGGGCCCUAACUUUUAAACUGGUUCGGAAAAUAAUUGGGGGUGUGGAUUACAAGGGUGUUCGAGAUCUCUUAAAAGCGAUUUUGGAGAAAAUCUUGACAAUUCCUAAUACAGUGAGCUCUGCUGUCGUACAGCAACUUCUGACAGCAAGAGAGGUCAUCGCGUACAUCCUGGAGAGAAACGCCUGCCUCCUGCCAGCCUAUUUUGCAGUCACGGAGAUCAGGAAGCUGUAUCCCGAGGGGAAACUUCCACACUGGAUACUUGGAAACCUAGUGUCGGACUUUGUGGAUACCUUCAGACCCACAGCGAGGAUAAACUCCAUUUGUGGCCGCUGCAGUCUCCUGCCCGUUGUAAAUAACUCAGGCGCCAUUUGUAAUUCUUGGAAAUUAGAUCCUGCAACUCUUCGUUUUCCUUUGAAAGGCCUGUUGCCGUAUGACAAGGAUCUGUUUGAACCGCAGACUGCUUUGUUGAGAUAUGUAUUGGAGCAGCCUUAUUCCAGGGAUAUGGUCUGCAAUAUGCUAGGUUUAAAUAAGCAGACCUUGAACGUUGCGCAGCACAAGCAGCGCUGCCCAGUGCUGGAGGACCAGCUGGUGGACCUGGUGGUGUACGCCAUGGAGCGGUCGGAGACCGAGGAGAAGUUCGACGACGGAGGCACCAGCCAACUCCUGUGGCAGCAUCUCUCCAGCCAGCUCAUUUUCUUUGUGCUUUUCCAGUUUGCCAGCUUCCCGCACAUGGUCCUUUCUCUGCAUCAGAAGUUGGCGGGGCGAGGACUGAUAAAAGGCAGAGACCACUUGAUGUGGGUUCUCCUGCAGUUCAUCUCUGGAAGUAUUCAGAAAAACGCCCUCGCCGAUUUUCUCCCGGUCAUGAAGCUCUUUGAUCUUCUGUACCCAGAGAAAGAGUAUAUCCCAGUUCCUGAUAUUAACAAACCCCAGUCAACUCAUGCCUUUGCAAUGACUUGUAUUUGGAUUCAUCUCAACAGAAAAGCCCAGAAUGACAACUCCAAGCUACAGAUUCCCAUCCCUCAUUCACUAAAACUGCACCAUGAGUUCCUCCAGCAAAGUCUGCGAAAUAAAAGCUUGCAGAUGAAUGACUAUAAAAUUGCCCUGCUGUGUAAUGCAUACUCUACAAAUUCAGAGUGUUUCACGCUACCCAUGGGUGCUCUGGUGGAAACUAUUUAUGGAAACGGAAUUAUGAGGAUACCCCUCCCUGGAACGAGCUGUUUGGCUUCAGGGUCUAUAACUCCCUUACCAAUGAAUCUUCUGGAUUCUCUAACGGUUCAUGCCAAAAUGAGCCUUAUUCACAGCAUUGCAACCAGGGUGAUAAAACUUGCUCAUGCAAAGUCCAGCGUGGCAUUAGCUCCAGCCCUGGUGGAAACUUAUAGUCGUUUAUUGGUCUAUAUGGAAAUCGAGUCUUUGGGCAUCAAAGGAUUUAUCAGUCAGCUCUUGCCGACUGUUUUCAAGUCCCAUGCCUGGGGCAUCCUGCACACACUGCUGGAGAUGUUCAGCUACCGGAUGCAUCACAUCCAGCCGCACUACAGGGUGCAGCUGCUGAGCCACCUGCACACGCUGGCUGCCGUGGCACAGACCAACCAGAACCAGCUGCACCUCUGUGUGGAGAGCACCGCGCUCAGGCUGAUAACGGCGCUCGGGAGCUCCGAGGUUCAGCCGCAGUUCACCCGCUUCCUCAGUGACCCCAAGACCGUGCUGUCUGCAGAGUCCGAAGAACUGAACCGAGCCUUGAUACUGACCCUGGCCCGGGCCACUCAUGUGACAGAUUUUUUUACAGGCUCUGAUUCAAUUCAGGGAACAUGGUGUAAAGAUAUACUUCAAACCAUCAUGAGUUUUACUCCUCAUAAUUGGGCUUCCCAUACUCUUAGCUGUUUUCCAGGCCCAUUGCAGGCAUUCUUCAAGCAAAAUAAUGUCCCUCAGGAAAGCCGUUUCAAUCUGAAGAAAAACGUGGAGGAGGAGUACAGGAAGUGGAAGUCCAUGACCAACGAGAGUGACAUCAUCACCCACUUUUCCAUCCAGGGCUCCCCGCCGCUCUUCCUCUGUCUCCUCUGGAAGAUGCUCUUAGAAACAGACCACAUUAACCAGAUCGGCUACAGGGUAUUAGAGAGAAUUGGAGCCAGGGCCUUGGUUGCCCAUGUGAGAACGUUUGCUGAUUUCCUGGUAUAUGAGUUCUCUACAUCAGCAGGAGGUCAGCAGCUCAAUAAAUGCAUAGAAAUUCUUAAUGACAUGGUGUGGAAGUACAACAUCGUUACUCUGGACAGAUUAAUUCUCUGCCUGGCCAUGCGUAGUCAUGAAGGAAAUGAAGCCCAGGUUUGUUACUUCAUAAUCCAGUUGCUGUUACUCAAACCAAAUGACUUCAGAAAUCGAGUAAGUGACUUUGUGAAGGAAAACUCCCCGGAGCACUGGCUACAGAACGACUGGCAUACCAAGCACAUGAACUACCACAAGAAAUACCCCGAGAAGCUGUACUUUGAGGGGCUGGCCGAGCAGGUCGACCCUCCCGUGCAGAUCCAGUCCCCCUACCUGCCCAUCUACUUCGGGAACGUGUGUCUCCGGUUCCUGCCUGUCUUCGAUAUAGUGAUCCACAGGUUUCUAGAGUUACUCCCCGUGUCUAAGUCACUGGAGACCCUGCUGGAUCACCUAGGAGGCUUGUAUAAAUUUCAUGACCGCCCCGUGACUUACCUGUAUAACACACUGCACUACUAUGAGCGCUACCUGAGAAACCGCGACCACCUCAAAAGGAAGCUCGUCCAUGCGAUCAUUGGCUCGCUCAAGGAUAACCGACCACAGGGCUGGUGUCUGAGUGACACUUACCUGAAGAAUGUCAUGAAUCCACGAGAGGACAAUCCAUGGGUCCCAGAUGACUCCUACUACUGCAAGCUGAUUGGCAGACUAGUAGAUACCAUGGCUGGCAAGUCUCCUGGUCCCUUCCCGAACUGUGACUGGAGGUUCAAUGAGUUUCCCAACCCAGCUGCCCACGCUCUGCACGUGACGUGUGUGGAGCUCAUGGCCUUGGCGGUGUCAGGCAAGGAUGUUGGCAAUGCACUCCUGAACGUCGUCCUGAAGAGUCAGCCACUAGUGCCCAGAGAGAACAUCACAGCGUGGAUGAACGCCAUUGGUCUGAUCAUCACGGCUCUCCCAGAGCCGUACUGGAUCGUACUUCACGACAGGAUUGUGAGCGUGAUCAGCAGCAGCAGCCUGACAUCCGAGACCGAGUGGGUGGGUUACCCAUUCCGCCUCUUCGACUUCACCGCCUGCCACCAAUCCUACUCAGAGAUGAGCUGCAGCUACACGCUGGCACUGGCGCAUGCUGUGUGGCAUCACUCCAGCAUCGGGCAGCUCUCGCUUAUCCCCAAGUUUCUCACUGAAGUCCUUAUUCCUAUAGUGAAGACUGAAUUCCAGUUACUAUAUGUCUACCAUCUUGUAGGACCCUUUUUGCAGAGAUUUCAGCAGGAGAGAACUCGCUGUAUGAUAGAGAUUGGUGUGGCCUUCUAUGACAUGCUGUUGAACGUGGACCAGUGUAGCACACAUUUACACUACAUGGACCCCAUCUGUGACUUCCUGUAUCACAUGAAGUAUAUGUUUACCGGUGACAGUGUAAAAGAGCAAGUAGAAAAGAUUAUCUGUAAUUUAAAACCAGCUCUAAAGCUUCGCCUGCGAUUCAUCACCCACAUCAGCAAGAUGGAGCCGGCCGCAGUGCCCCCGCAGGCCAUGAGCAGCGGCUCCCCGGUGCCCCAGUCCAACCCGGUGCCUGCGCCCCUCCCCGGAGCACAGUGACGCCCGACCCGUCGAGGGCUGAGCGCGAGGACGCAUGCGCGUCUGUCACUCUGAACUCGGCCUGCUGUGGCUGCGCAUUCAGGUAGCUUAUUCCCAUUCAGUUGCUGACUCUGGACACCUGAUUUCCCACCUGCCCAGCUGUGUGAUCUCCAAGACUAUGAGGUCUGCACUCACGACAGCAGCCUGGCGCCCUCAGAUUCGGCGGGGUGACCCGAUGACUGCUCCUGGCACCCAGCCCCCCGUUUUGACAUUGAUUGGAUUUUGAGUGCUAUACUGGGUCUUCAGGGACAUUGUUUUAAAGAUACAGUACAUACCAAGUCGUCUUCACAAGGCCUUUGUACAGAAUUCUCUGGCAUAACUUCAGAAUAGAGACUUUUACACUUGGAGGACUGUAGAUUUCAUUGCAUUGCAGAACCAAAUAAAGUUUCAUAUUUUUUUAAAAAA